AUGUGGGGGCUUGUCUCUGCUAACAGAUGGACUGACAGAAAAGCAUCUGUAGUCUGUAAACAAUUGAACUAUAACGCAUCAAAAGGUGUUGCUGUUAAUGGUUCACGUUAUGAAGCAUCAAGAAGAACCAUACAACUUACUGAUGUUGACUGCAAUAGAAAUGAGGAGAAACUGGAUCAGUGUCAUAAGAGGCUAUUGACACCAGCAGAAGGAGCAGCUUUGACUGGUAGAGUGUCUGUAGCUGGAGUCAAAUGUGUAAUGCAUGUAAGUGGAACAUCUCAAGUGGCCUCAAAUAUUGGCUGUACAAUGAUAUACGUUGGAGUUAAUAUCAUCAUUGUCAUCCUUAUACUCAUCAAUGCAAGUGCAAUUAUAUGUAUUAUGAGGAAGAAAUACAAGAGUACAGCUUCAGUUCAAGUGACAGGAGCCCCACCACCUGCUAUGGAUCUAUCUAAAAUAUCAUAUGAUG